CCGCUCGCCUCGCUCCACACAGCCUCAAUAAGCCCUGAGGUUGGGAGCCUUGAUGGAAAAUUACCUUGUGACCACGAGGGGAGGUCAGGACGGGUAGAGUCAGCCUUCACUUGUCCUGGGAAGAUAAAGCAGCAGCAGCAGCAGCAGCAGCAGCAGAGGGAGGAUGGCUCGCGCGUUCGGCUGAUCACUGGGGACGAGGUCGGGCCAUGGAGAAACUAAAAGGUCCCGUCGUGGGAUGCAGCAAAGCCACCUGUGGAUGGAGAGCCCUGCUUCUCCCGCAGCUGAACCGCCAGUCGCUGUACGUGUACGGCAGCGAGAUGGCCGUGGAGAAGGAGUGCCUCCGACAGCUCCAGAGCGGAGUAUUUGUCAUCCACCCAUUCAGCCUCAUGAGGAGUUACUACAUCAUGUGCAUGAUGGCAAUCACAUUUCUGAACCUCAUCGGGAUUCCCAUGGAGAUAGCAUUUCUGGACGGGCACAGCGGGCUGGCAUGGGAAGGCUUUAACGUGUUUUCAGACACUCUGUUCCUCAUAGACGUGGCUUUGAAUUUCCGCAUGGGCAUCAUUACAGAGGACAGCGAGGAAGCUAUUCUGGACAUCAAGCGGAUCCGGGUCUGCUACCUGAGGACGUGGUUCAUACCGGACGUUAUUGCUGCUUUCCCAAUCGGCUACAUUCUGCUGUUUGCGGACUUACACUACAACAACGAUGACAACCCCUCCAAGACCAACAAGAUGAUGAGGAUCCUGAUGUUUGUGCGAAUCCUCAGCCUGAUCAGGCUCGCUCGGGUGUCCAGACUUGUCAGGUUCUUCAAUGAGGUGGAGAAAGUGUCUAAUGCAAACUUGGAGGUGGUCCGCCUCUUCUUCCGCAUCUUGUCUCUGUUCAUGAUGAUUUUCCUGCUGUGUCAUUGGAACGGCUGCAUCCAGUACUUCGUCCCCAUGCUGGAGGAGUUUCCGACCGACUGCUGGGUCCGGAAAGAAAACCUGAUGAAUGCCACGGUGAUCGUGAAGUACUCAUGGGGAGUUUUCAGAGCUCUAUCUCAGAUGAUCGCCCUCUCCUAUGGCUCCAUGGACGCUCCAACAAAUUACGUCGAAAUGUGGAUCGUCAUGGUCAGCAUGGUGUCCGGGUGUCUGAUGUACACCGUCCUCGUGGCAAACGCUACAACCAUGAUCGCUAACACCGACCCAGCUGCCAAGGAGUACAAGAGCAAGAUGAGUCGUUUGGAGCACUACAUGGCCUUCAUGAAGCUGCCGCCUGAGCUGUGCCUUCGUAUCAACAACUACUACCAGGCUCGCUACGGAGGGAAGUGGUUUCAAGAGAAGGAUGUCAUAGAUACGGUGUCCUCAGCGCUCAAAGAGCAAAUCCUGGUGGUGAUGUGCAGCCGACUGCUAAGAAACGUGCCGAUAUUUCAGAGCAGAGAUGAAAACUUUAUCAACUCCGUCCUCACCAAGCUGGAGUACGAGGUUUUCCUGGAGGGAGACGUGAUCGUACGACAGCACGUCCCGGGUGAUCGCAUGUUCUUCAUCGACCACGGCCAGGUCCUCCUGGAGACGGAUUCCGACGACAGGGAGCUGUGUGAUGGAGACUACUUUGGCGAGACAUGUGUGCUGACCAAAGGCAAACAUCUGGCCACUGCGAAGGCCCUGACGGACUGCCAGUGCUUCUCUCUGUCCUGGGCCGACCUUCGGGAGACGCUGGAGAGCUUCCCAGAUGUCAGGAAGGACUUAGACAAGAUGAUUCAGCUCAACCCUGACGUUGGGCUUGUGUAAGACUGUACUUGGACCUUUUUUUUUUUAUAGUGAAACGAAAAGAAGAUGUGGACAUGUCAUGUGAUGGACAGUAAAGCUGUGGCUGAAUCCUCACGAGGACACGGAUUGGACACCUCUCCUCGGAUGAGAUGUAUAGUUUUGAAGAAAUAUUACUAUAUAUAUUUUACAGGCAUAAUUCUGUACUCUUAUCCUUCAUAUAUCCGCAAUAAACAAAGACCUCAACUGAA